AUGGACCUUUGUGCGACGUUGAGGCAGCUUGAGGACUUUUUCAAUGGCUGCCGAAAUGAAUGUGACCAGAAGUGCGUCAUCGACAAUCACGAGGUUGAGAUCUUGCAGGGCCCUUCGUUGGGCACCCCAAACUUUACAGAGUCCUUCUGUCCCUCGGGCCGUGCAGACCUCUGCACUCCACGCAUCGCUUCGGGAGGCUACUAUUACGGCGGUGCUUCUGAGCGAUCUGGAAGAUGA